AUGAUGGUUAUGAUGUUACCCAAAAAUGGUCCUUCUUACAUCUCCACACCUCAUCUAGCUCCUCAGAGCCUUUUCAGCCUCAUCUGCCUUGCAGUGAUCCUUUGGGGAAGGUGGGAAGUUCCUUUCGUAGAAAUAAAAAUGGAAUUUGGUAGGAAUAAAAAAUGUGGGUUGAGGAAAUUGUCUGCCUCAUCCUGCAGGAAUCCUAUGGAGCACUGGGAGAUACGGAGCCUUACCUGCAUUUUCUCAGCAUUUUUUCCCCUCUUCCCUGAUUUCACACUAGCUGCAGUCACUCUUUCUGCACCCCCAGUGUCCUGCCUUCUCAAGCAUUUUUAUAUCCUGGACUUUUUGCAUGCAGUGAUGUAAAGGGAAUUCUCAAUUUAGUUUUGUCGUAUGAUGAAUCAGAGACACAAAUUAAGAGUCCAUGAGGGAUACAUAUUUCAAGUGAAAGAUGCAUAAAAAAAGAUCUUCAGCAAGAAACCAGUGGUUUAUGCAAAAUCCUUUCCAAAUGAAACUGAGAAAAAAAUUUGUAAAAGUUACUAA